AUGAUAAUACACAUUAAAGCAUAUUUAGGGUUAUUUCUAAUAUUUUUAAAUAUUUUAUUUGUGGAAUCUUAUUUGUUACCUAAUAAUUCAUACUCCUUCAUCAACACAUUUGGGAAAAAAUAUUUCGAGCCGCAAACUCAUAGAUUCAAAAGUAAAGUUAUCGCAAAAGAACUUAUAUCGAGGUGUAAAAACAAAACUCUACAGCUAAACCUUCACGAGGAUAACAAACAUGGUUUCUCAAACUCACUGGAUGAUAGGUACCCAGAUCCUUCUCAAUUUAACUUACCGGAUCAUGGAGCAAAGAACGUUAUCGCAAGAUAUAUGUCCUUUAAGGACGCUCUUAUAGCGAAUUCUGCAACCCUGAUCAUGUUAUCCAUAUAUUUUAUAAGGAUAUUCAGGACCUUAGUUAUCGCAAGAUCCUUUUUGGACACGCUGGUUCAUAUUAACCCGUAUUUACCUCCUUUUAACUUCAUUUACGACACAACUAACUUUUAUCUUAAGUUCUGUGACUCUUUCCCCAAGAUUUUGGGAGUUAACGUUUUAUCUGAGAUCCCCUGGUUCUUUUUGUCCGCCCUUGAGCGGUACUUAUUUUCGCUCCUAGGCCAGGAACCUUAA